AUGCUGCAGAUAAUGUCGAAACCCAGUUACGUACCCCGCUCUCGGCCUGCUAGUUCUUCUCCUGCCGUGCCCCAGACCAGAUCUCCAGCCUACGUCCCCCGGUCCGCCUCCUCCUCCAGAGCAGAAAGCGCUGUCACACCAAAAUUGCCGUCACAGCCGUUGGAACGCAAAUCGAGCAGGCUGCGGUACGAGAUGCGGCCAGUGAGACUGAGCGAAGAGGCUCAGGAGAGCGCAAAGUCAAUCUUGAAGCUGCUAUCAUCCCUGCCCGCACCCCUGCCUGAAGAACUCCCACCGACAUUCCUCCCCAGCCCAUCCGCCUCGCCCGUAUCCUCUGCAGGCUCACCCCCACGCACAUUCUCAGAAUAUGUCCGCGCGAAACGCAAACGCGCCCUCGAGUCUUCCGACUCCGAGCCCGAGCUCGCUGGUCAGGUGGCUCGGUCUGGAGCCGGUGUCGGCUUGGGCCUGAGUGUAUCCCCUGGUCAGGCAAAGAUGAGAAAGACGGAGGAUGAAGGACGGAACGUGACGCCGUUAGGGAGCCCGUCGUUGCUUUUCGCAAAGAAGGAGAGGGUGAAGAGUGGUCUGAGGAAUGAGGUUGAUGUGCAUGAGAAGAGGGGAGGUGGGGAGGACGCGAGGAGGGAUCUUUGGAAGAGGGAAAAGUGGAUAGAGAUGAGCGCCUGGUAUCGCGAUCGGGCUCUACUGCUGAAACGGCACGGCGAUGCCUACUUCCGCUCCCCCACGGCUCACAAAGAAUAUACCUCUACUCUCCCAGCCGACCACCUGAAGGGUCUUCUCUGCCUCACCGACUCCGCCCUCCUAUACAACUAUUCGCACUUUUGCGAAGAAAAGGCCAAGGGCCGUCCAUCGCCCAACACUUAUGAUUCCUCUGCCGGAUUGCGCAAGUUUGUGUGUUCCAAGUGGGAAGCAGAGAUGAGGAAGGAGUACAAGGGCGAGGAGGGUGUGCAUGAGAAGGAGAGAGCAAAGGCGAUGGCGGGGCUGAUGUACCUGCUUGAGGCGGUCAUUCAGUAUCAGACUGGGCGAGAUGCCCUUGCUAUGCUGCAACACCGAGGAAAGGAGUUGCAGACGACAUCGACUUCCCCGCGCGACAAGACUUCUCCUUCUGCGUCAAACACCACCGCGUCUCCGAAUCCGCCCCCACCCCAACCUGCCUCUGUCCAGGGCCCCUCUCCAGCCUCUUCUCACUCGCCAGCCCAUUCACCGUCUUCCUCCACCUCCUCCCUCCCACCCGAUCUCCUCCCGCUCAUCUUCUCCUCCUUCCGCCAAAACGCCGAGUCUUCCCAAUCCCUCCACCUCUCGCGGCACCAUCUUACCCUCCGUAUCCUCCGCUCCUCCUUCCCUACCACGUACCAAAACGCCAUCAACUCUGAACUCGCAGACCAUGCGCUGCCGGCGCCGGGGGAUGCGUUGGGAAGUGCGAGGUAUGUCGAUGUGGAUGAGACGGAUAGGUUCUGUUGGCCGAUCGAAAUCGGGAUGGUUAGCCCUGUGGCGCAUGUCGUCGCUUUUGGGCGAAGAAUGGUGCAGGAGAUGGCGGAGAGAGAAGGAAGGGACUGGAGCAUCCUUCUCGAAUAG